AUGAGAAGGCCGAAUCAGCCGAGCCAAGCACAACCACUCAGGGCUAUCCAAGGCCAACAGCUACUCUACCCACCACCACAGCAGCAGUUUCGACCUGCAAUACGUCCACCACAAAUUUCACAGGCAAGAGCCUAUGCCAUGCAUAAGAAUAAGCAAGGAAACAACCAAGGGAAUUUAGCAGGUAUGGGCACGUUACUCGAUACACCUGUUAUACUCCUGUUCGACAUGGGUGCCUCGCAUUCUUUCAUUGCAAGUGCAUGUGUAAAAACCUUAAAGCUCCAACCUGAAAAGACUAAUCAGGACUUGAGAAUUUCUUCACCAAUAGGAGGGACGACAGUAUUAACACAUGAUUGCUUGAACCUAGAGCUAACCAUAGGAUCGUUUAAGGUCAUAGUGAACAACUUGCACGUCAUAUCGAUGGAGGACGUUGAUAUAAUCCUGGGAAUGGACUGGCGAGCAGAGAACUAUGCCACGAUAUUGUGCUAA